AUGACGGUUGAUUUGAAUAUUCCAUAUUCAGCAUGUGAAUUAAAGAGAGUAAAACGAUUAGAGUUAGGUGUUUUGGAUCCAGAAAUAAUAAAAAAGAUAAGUGUUUGUGAAAUAGUAAAUGUAGAUAUAUAUAAAGAUGGUUUUCCUAGAGAAGGUGGAUUAAAUGAUAUACGUAUGGGUACUAUUGAUUAUAGGACCUUAUGUGGUACAUGUAAUAUGAAUGUAAAAUAUUGUCCUGGUCAUUUUGGUCAUAUAGAAUUAGCCAAACCUAUGUAUCAUUAUGGUUUUAUGAAUGUAGUAUUAAAUGUUUUAAGAUGUGUAUGUUAUCAUUGUGGUAGAUUAUUAUGUAAUGUGAACAGUUCUAAAGUUAAAUAUAUUGAAAAGAUUAAAGUAAAUAGUUUAAGAUUACGAAAAUUAGCUGAACUGUGUUUAGGAAUAAGAGCAUGUGAUCAUUCUGUAGAAGAAGAAGGAUUAAAUAUUAAUGAUAAUUCUUUAAAUAAUUUUUAUAACAAUGAUUUAAGUAAUUUAAAUAUGAAUCAACAAAUGAUUUUAAAUAAAAGUAAUUAUACGAACAUAUUUGAAAUGGUUAGUAAAGAAGAUGUAGAUUGUGGAUGUGUUCAACCAAAAUAUAGUAGAGAAGGACCAAAUAUGUAUAUUCAAUUUUUACAUAGCAGUGAAGAAGAUAUUGAUGAGAGUAAAAGAAAAUUAAGUGCUGAAGAAGCAUUAGAAAUAUUAAAGAAAAUUAGAAAAGAAGAGAUGAGUAUAUUAGGAUUUAAUUCUGAUAGGUGUGUACCAGCUUCUCUAAUAUUAACAUGUAUACCUAUACCUCCACCAUGUGCAAGACCUUAUGUUCAAUAUGGAAAUCAAAGAAGUGAAGAUGAUUUAACUUUAAAAUUAUUAGAUAUAGUAAAAACAAAUAUACAAUUAAAAAGGCAAACAGAUAGAGGAGCAAAAUCUCAUGUAUUACAGGAUUUAUGUUCCUUAUUACAAUUUCAUAUAACUACCCUUUUUGAUAAUGAUAUUCCAGGUAUGCCAAUAGCAACUACACGAUCUAAGAAGCCUAUAAAAGCUAUAAGAACAAGAUUAAAAGGUAAAGAAGGAAGACUAAGAGGUAAUUUGAUGGGUAAAAGAGUGGACUUUUCAGCAAGAACGGUUAUUACAGGAGAUCCAAAUUUAAAUAUUGAUUAUAUAGGUGUUCCUAAAUCAGUAGCUAUGACAUUAACAUUUUGUGAGACGGUAACACCUUUAAAUUAUGAUAAUUUAAAGAAGCUUGUAGAAAGGGGUCCAUAUGAAUGGCCUGGAGCAAAAUAUAUUAUUAGAGAUAAUGGUACAAAAUAUGAUUUAAGACAUGUACGAAGAAAUUCAGAGAAAGAAUUAGAGUAUGGAUAUAAAGUAGAAAGACAUAUGACAGAUGAAGAUUAUAUUUUAUUUAAUAGACAGCCUUCAUUACAUAAAAUGAGUAUUAUGGGUCAUAAGGCUAAAAUAUUACCAUAUUCAACAUUUCGUUUAAAUUUAUCAGUCACUUCACCGUAUAAUGCGGAUUUUGAUGGAGACGAAAUGAACUUACAUUUAGCUCAGUCACAUGAAACAAGAUCUGAAAUUAAACAUUUAAUGAUAGUACAAAGACAAAUAGUUUCACCACAAGGUAAUAAGCCAGUUAUGGGUAUAGUACAAGAUUCCUUAUUAGCUAUAAGAAAAUUUACAAGAAGAGAUAAUUUCCUUACAAGAGAAGAAGUUAUGUCCUUAUUAAUUUGGAUUCCCUAUUGGAAUAAUGUGAUACCAACACCAGCAAUAAUAAAACCAAGGGCAUUAUGGACAGGUAAACAAAUUUUUUCGAUGUUAUUACAAUUUGAUGAUAUGAAUAUAGAAGAUGACAAAAAUGACACCGCCAAUAAUAAGGUUGGGAGAGAUGUUAAUACAAAUGUUAGCAAGGAUAGUACCAAAAUGAAUACUAGUGGUAAUUAUUAUUAUGGUAAUUCAAUUAAUGAUAAUACUGAUGAUUAUGUAGAAAAGGGAAAUACAUAUGUAAGAAGUGGGAAUAAUCAUCCUAAUAGUCCUUUAUCUAUUGGGGAUAAUAUAAAUGUAGGAAAUAUGCAUCAAAAUGAUACGAGUUCCCCCAAUAAUAAUAAUCAUAAUAAUAAUAAUAAUAGUAAUAGUAAUAAUAAUAAUAAUAAUAAUAACAAUAUUGGUGGAGGAAUUAAUUCAUUUAAACGUUUUAAUAUGGUAAAAAUAAAUUUAAUGAGAGAUUCUUCAACAUCAUCUAAAGAUGAUAAUCCAUAUUGUUCAAUUAAUGAUGGUAAGGUUAUAAUAAAAAAUAACGAAUUAUUAAGUGGUAUCAUAUGUAAAAGAACUGUUGGUUCUUCUAGUGGAUCGUUAAUUCAUGUUUUAUGGCAUGAAAUGGGUCCAGAUAAAACAAAAGAUUUUUUAUCAGCUUUACAAAAAGUUACAAAUAAUUGGCUUGAAUAUGUUGGUUUUACUGUGAGUUGUUCAGAUAUUAUUGCAAGUAAUAAAGUAUUAGGCAAGGUGAGAGAAAUAUUAGAUAAAUCUAAAAGUGAAGUAUCAAAACUUGUUGAAAAGGCGCAGAAAGGGGAAUUAGAAUGUCAACCAGGAAAAUCAUUAUAUGAAUCUUUUGAAACUAGAGUUAAUAAUGAAUUAAAUUGUGCUAGAGAAAUGGCGGGAAAAGUUGCAUCUGAGAGUUUAGAUGAAAGAAAUAAUAUUUUUAGUAUGGUGGCCAGUGGCUCAAAAGGUUCUAUUAUUAAUAUAUCGCAAAUUAUAUCAUGUGUAGGUCAACAGAAUGUUGAAGGAAAAAGAAUACCAUUUGGUUUUAAUCAUAGAUCUUUACCUCAUUUUAUUAAAUUUGAUUAUGGUCCUGAAAGUAGAGGAUUUGUAUCUAAUUCUUAUUUAAGUGGAUUAACACCACAAGAAGUUUUUUUCCAUGCUAUGGGAGGUAGAGAAGGUAUUAUUGAUACUGCAUGUAAAACAUCUGAAACAGGGUAUAUACAAAGAAGAUUAAUAAAAGCCAUGGAAGAUGUUAUGGUACAAUAUGAUAGAACUGUAAGAAAUUCAUAUGGAGAUAUUAUUCAAUUUUUAUAUGGAGAAGAUGGUAUGGCAGGUGAAUAUAUAGAAGACCAAAUUAUAGAUUUAAUGAAAUUAGAUAAUAAAGAAAUUAAUAAAUUAUAUAAAUAUAAUUUUGAUGAAGAACCAUUUGGAAAGGAUUUUUAUAUAGGUAAUAAAAAUGAUGGUAGUAGAAAUACUUCCUAUAUAGAUUAUAAUAAACAAAAUAUUUUAAAUCAAGAAUUUGAAGAAUUAUAUAAAUGUAAAAAUUAUUUAUGUAAAGAAAUAUUUCCAGAUGGAGAUAUAAGACAACAUUUACCAAUCAAUAUGAAUAGACUUAUUGAAUAUGCAAAAUCACAAUUUCCAUGUAUACCAUUUGUAAGUAAUAAUAAUAGUACCAACAAUAAUAAUAAUAAUAAUAAUAUUAGUAAUAGUAGAAAACUUAUGGAUAAGGGUAAUUUAUCGUCUACACAUAAUCAUAAGGAAAGUAAGAAAAGAAGAAAAAGAAGAAGGAGAAAAAAUAAAUUUGAUAAAUAUAAAAAUGAAAAUAAUGAACUUAUGUCUGAAAUUAAAAAGGAGUAUGAAAAUAAUGAUCUUAAUAAUAUGAUGAUAAGUAAAGGAGAUCAAUCACCUUUUAAAGGUAUGAAUGAAUUUCAUAUGGGUGUUGCAGAUAAUGACAUGGGAUCAGAUCUAGGAAAUAAUAAUAAUUAUAACAAUGAUGAUUUUGUUGAUGAUGAUUAUGAUGAUGAUGAUGAUUAUGAUGAUGAUGAUGAUAAUGACGAUUAUGAUGAUGAUAAUGACGAUUAUGAUGACGAGAAUUAUUCAGAUAAUAUUAAUAUAGGAGGAAAUAGAAAAUAUUAUGGAAAUACCUUAAAAAAUAAUUAUGAUGAAAAUUCCAUGUUAAAUCCUAUUGAUGUUGUACAUAAAGUUAAUAAUUUUUUAGAAAAAUUAGUAAUUAUUAAACAAAUAAAUAGUAAUGAUACUUUGUCAGUGGAAGCACAAAAUAAUGCUACUAUUUUGUUAAAAGCACAUUUAAGAACUUAUUUGAAUUCAAAACUUUUAACUCAAACUCAUAAAGUUAGUGUUAAAGGAUUAGAUUGGUUAUUACAAGAAAUAGAAAAAAUAUUUUAUAAAUCCUUAUGUCAUCCAGGAGAAUGUGUAGGAGCUUUAGCUGCUCAAUCAAUUGGGGAGCCUGCAACUCAGAUGACAUUGAAUACAUUUCACUUUGCUGGUGUGGGUUCAAAAAAUGUUACAUUAGGUGUUCCAAGAUUAAAAGAAUUAAUAAAUAUAGUAAAAAAUGUAAAGACUCCAUCAACAACAAUAUAUUUAGAUGAUAUGGUUUCGAAUGAUCAACAAAAAGCUAAAGAUAUUUUAACAAAAUUAGAAUAUACUACAUUGAAACAAUUAACUUCGCAUGCACAAAUUAUUUAUGAUCCUAAUACAACGACAACUAUUUUAGAGGAAGAUAAAUCAUGGGUUAACGAAUUUUAUGAAUUCCCGGAUGAAGAUGAUACUCAAUAUUCUUUAGGUGAAUGGGUAUUAAGAAUACAGUUAACCAAUAUACAUGUAAAUGAAAAAAAAUUAACUAUGAAAGAAAUUGUUUAUAUUAUAUAUUCUGUCUUUUCAAGUGAUGAAUUAGAUAUUAUAUAUACAGAUGAUAACUCAGAAGAUUUAGUUUUAAGAAUUCGUGUGAAAUAUUUAAAUGGUGAAUAUAAUUUUAUGAAUUAUGAUGUUGUAGAUAAUGCUAAUGAACAAGUUGAUGAACAAGAAGAAGAUGAAGAACACAUAGUUGGUAAUGAUAGAGGUAAUUAUGAUGAAGGAAAAAAUAGUACUCAUCCUCAUCAUGAUUAUAAUAACAAUAGUACAAAUAUAUUUAAGUCCAAGGUAAAAAAUAAUAUAUCAUCAGAUAUAAAUACAAAGAAUGAAGAUAGUAUUAGUAUAAAUAGUAGUAACAAUGGACAAGUAAAAAAUAUGAGUUCAUCACCAGUUUCAAAUAAUAUGCAUAAUAAUAAUAAUAAUAAUGAUAAUAGCAAUAUUAAUGAUAUUAAAGUGAAGAAUAUAAAAAAAGAAGAUGGAAAUGAAGGUGUAUUAAGAGGGGGUGGUGAUUCUAAUACAUCGGCUUUGUUUGGAAAUAAAAAUAGUCAAAAGGAAGAUAAUAUAAUGAACAAUAAUAAUGAUAAUAAUAAUAAUGAUGAUGAUGAUGAUGAGGAGGAGGAGGAGGAAGACUUUUUGUUUGGUGACCAUAAUGUAUCUCCAAAAAAUACGAAAGAUGGAAAAAAUAAGAAUACAAACAAUAAAAGUAAUAAUAAUGAAAACAAAAACAAAAAGAGCGGAAAUAAUAAUAAUAAUAAUAAUAGUAAUACGUAUGAUGAUGAUGAUGAUGAAAACAAGAGUGAUAUAACAAUCAAAGAGGACGAUAAUAUCGCAUUCAUGAAAACAAGCACAAAAAAUGCAGAAGAAGAUUUAGAACUUAAGAAUAAGAAUCAUAUUGAACAUAACAUUUCUAGAGAAGAUACAGAAGAUACGUUUUUAAAAAAACUAAUGGAACAAUGUUUAUCCACAUUAAAAUUAAGAGGUAUUGAAAAUAUAACGAAAGUAUAUAUGAGAGAGGAAUCCAAAAUAACAUACGAUUCAGAUAAUGGGAAAUUUGUUAGAAGUUCCCAUUGGGUAUUAGAUACUGAUGGAUGUAAUUUAGAAAAUAUAUUUUGUGCACCACAAGUAGAUUUUAAAAAAACAGUAUCUAAUGAUAUUGUAGAAAUAUUUGAAGUAUUAGGUAUAGAAGCAGUAAGAAGAGCUUUAUUAAAAGAAUUAAGAACUGUAAUAUCGUUUGAUAGUUCAUAUGUUAAUUAUCGACAUUUAUCAAUAUUAUGUGAUGUUAUGACACAAAAGGGUUAUUUAAUGUCUAUAACAAGACAUGGUAUAAAUAGAGUUGAUAAAGGACCAUUAAUUAAAUGUAGUUUUGAAGAAACUGUUGAAAUAUUAUUAGAAGCAGCUGCAUUUGCUCAGGUAGAUAAUUUGAAAGGUAUAACAGAAAAUAUAAUGUUAGGUCAAUUAUGUAAAAUAGGAACUGGUUCAUUUGAUAUAAUAAUAGAUAAUCAAAAAUUGAAUGAUGCAAAUCAAAAUUUAGAAACUAUUCAAGAUUUAACAAGUGCUGGGUUUACAACACCAGAUAGUUUACAUGUUAUAACACCUGAUGGUUUACAAUCACCAGUGGCAAUUAAUACGAUAAAUUCUCCUUUACCAUUUUCACCAACAUAUAAUGCUAAUUUAUUAUCACCUACAGCACCUAUAGAUAAUGUUAAUAAUUUAUUAUCACCACAAUAUAAUUUACAAAAUUAUGGAGAUAAUGUAAUGUCCCCAUCAUCAAAAGAUAUAAAUAAUUUAGAUACAUUAAAAUUAGGUGGGAAAUUUUCACCAACACAAUCACCUAAAUCACCAACAUCUGUUAUGCAUUCACCAUUCUCUCCUUUUGAUCAUCAAAACCAACAACCAGUAGAUGCAACUAAUUUAUUAUUUUCUCCGAAAAAUAAUAAUAUGAUGAAUUAUAAUGUAUUCUCACCUAAACCAAAUAUUAAUAAUAAUGUUAUUCAAUCACCUAAUAUAUAUUCUCCAAAUCCUAUGUUAGAUAUUUUUUCACCUAAACCUCAAAUUAAUCAUAAUAUUUAUUCACCUUCAUAUUCACCAACAUCACCUACGUAUAAUGCAAAUAAUGCUUAUUAUUCACCAACCUCACCAAAAAAUCAAAAUGAUCAAAUGAAUGUAAAUUCUCAGUAUAAUGUUAUGUCACCUGUUUAUUCAGUAACAUCACCAAAAUAUUCUCCUACAUCACCAAAAUAUUCACCUACAUCACCAAAAUAUUCGCCCACAUCACCUAAAUAUUCUCCUACAUCACCAAAAUAUUCUCCUACAUCACCAAAAUAUUCGCCUACAUCACCAAAAUAUUCACCAACAUCACCAAAAUAUUCACCAACAUCACCAGUUGCACAAAAUAUUGCUAGUCCAAAUUAUUCACCUUAUUCAAUAACAUCACCAAAGUUUUCACCAACAUCUCCAGCAUAUUCGAUAAGUUCACCUGUGUACGACAAAAGCGGUGUGGUGAAUGCACAUCAGCCUAUGUCACCUGCAUAUAUUUUACAAUCACCUGUGCAGAUAAAGCAAAAUGUACAAGAUGCGAAUAUGUUUUCGCCCAUACAGCAGGCACAUGUAGAUGAAGCAAAAAAUGACGACCCAUUUUCUCCAAUGCCUUACAACAUAGACGAGGACGAAAUGAAGGAAAAUAUGUAG